CGAUUUCCUCCGAGAUGAGAUCGGAAGUGGGUUUGACGGAACGAAGAUUAGAUUUUUUUUAAUUUUAUUUAAUAAGAAGAGCGCGCUGGAAAUGAAACAAAACGGCGUCAAAUCUCUUAAAUAACUGGGAUUAAUAAUAAAUUGCAAAUAUGGAGUUAGGAACGCGGUUCGUCUUGUUUCCACGUCGUAAAUGGAGCUUCGGAGAUUAGCAUAUCGGCACGAGAGCGCAUGCGCAGCCGGCGGUUCGCGAUUGCGCCAACAGCGGAGGAUGUUGCUAGCAGCCAGGGUAGAUGCACAGGCUUUUUCACAACAAUAACAUCCACAAAAUUUGCAUCUCCAUCAGCUCUUUUUUCUGGAUUUACCGCGCGGAUCGCUGUCGGACACCGUGCCCCGGGAGACACCGCUUCGCCCCGGGGUUCUCUGCGCUCGGAAGCGGCUUGUGUUGACAAUGGGAGCGCAGGGCUGUGGAGGUUUGCAGGGCUCCUUCUUUUUGCAGGAGCAGAAACAAGAAUCAUGGCUGGCGAGCUAGGCCGCACGUCGGAUUCCCAGCGCAAAGCGUCCGCGUUUCCAUUCUAAAUACUGUAUUUUUCGCGUGGCACUAGCAUGUGAACUGAGGCGCCGCUGGCCUGCGUUACGAUUCCACGGUUUUCUUCAUUCGCGGUGACGUUCGGAGCCGCCAGCACAGCACUCGGAGCCCGGAGCUUCACAACCUUGACGUCUCGCCUUUCGUCGCUAGCCUCUUUAGCCUGCUAGCUUCAGAGGAGCAUCAAAACUACACACCAAGCUCGUUUUCGGCACGCUUUUGUCCUGGAUUAGCGCUCGUUUCGGUGCGCAAAGGGGGAUUUUACGCACGGAGAGGUUGUGCGUCUGAAUGAAUGUGGGCCAAAAUGGAUACCCCUACAAUUGUGUACGAUUUGGAUACAUCGGGGGGCUUAAUGGAGCAAAUCCAAACCCUCCUGGCGCCGCCCAAGUCCGACGAGGUGGAGAAGAGGAGCCGGAAGUUGGUUCGAGAUGUCCGGAGAAGCGGGAGAGCCACAAACCACGACACUUGUGACAGCUGCCGAGAGGGAGGGGACCUGCUCUGCUGUGACCACUGUCCCGCAGCGUUCCACCUGCAAUGCUGUAACCCUCCUCUCAGCGAAGAAAUGCUUCCUCCCGGAGAGUGGAUGUGUCACCGCUGCAACGUUAGGAAAAAGAAGCGUGAGCAGAAGUUGGAGCAGACCAACGGCCUCCCCGAGCGUGUCCCGAAGCGUUCCUCGUCCCCCGGGGUGGAGCUGGAGAUGAACGCGGGGCCCCUCAGACUGGACGGUUUACCCCCCGGGGCUGGAGCGGCCGGACCUGGGCUACGAGUGGCCCAAGUGCGGCUUCUGGAUCGCAGGACCAGUUCUAGACCGAGCAGUCGCCCCGGGACCCCCACGUCGAACACCUCGUCCACCCCGACCCCGUCAGAGGAGCAGAACGAGGGCGAGGAGGAGAGCGUGGAGCCGGAGGAGGACGUGCCGGCCCCGGAGCUGGAGGGGGCGUCUCUGUCCACGCCCGCCCCCAGACUCAAGAGGCCCUUUCAGCUGCUCAUCGCCGCCGCCAUGGAGAGGAACCCCACUCAGUUUCAGCUGCCCAGCGAGCUCACCUGCACCACCGCACUGCCAGGGAGCAGUAAACGGAGGAGGAAAGAGGAGCUUCUGGGGAAACCGUUCAGGAGACCUCAGCACGAACUGGACGCCAACGGCCUGGUGCCUCUGCCCGUGAAAGUCUGCUACUCCUGCAACAGGAGCUGCAGACUGGCCCCUCUGAUCCAGUGUGACUACUGCCCCCUGCUGUUUCACAUGGACUGCCUCGACCCUCCGCUCACUGCACUGCCUGCUGGGAAAUGGAUGUGCCCCAACCACGUGGAGCACCUGGUGCUAAACCAGAGGAGCCUGAGCCUGUCUCGGAGGUGUCAGCUCUUUGACCAGUUUCAGGACCGAAUGUCUCAACACGCCGUCAAACUGGACUUCCUCCGGCGAGUCCACCGACAGCACGCCCCCAACCGCCGAUCCACGCACAACCACAAGAGGACUGUCAAGGUCCCAGAUGCGAUAAAGUCUCAGUACCGGAGCCCGCCGGCCCUGGCCCUGCCUCUUGGGGUCCGGCAGCUGGAGCUGGUCUGUGGAGGAGAGCUGCAGCCCAAACACCUGACGUCCCAGAGCGAACAGGACGAGUGGCUCCAAGACGUCAUCGCGCUCCAGUGCAGCAUCAUGAGACACCUGUCCAUCAAACAGAAAUCUCCCGAGUCCGACUGGGAAUCGCACAAAACCAGCACAGACCUGAGUCCGGACCAGAACCAGGAUCUCAAAUCCAAGAAGCAGGAUCUAAAACCCUCCGGAGAACGGACUAGUCCCUCCCCUGCGCCCUGUGAAAAGCAGGUGGAGCCGGGUCUUUGUAAAUGCAUUUCUAUCCCCUGUCAGAACUGUCGAAAGCCCAACGGUCCGGUACCAGACGAGAGCUCGCCGCCCAAAGCCAACGGGCCUCUGGAAUGCCACAGCGUCCCGUGCAAACAGAGCGAGCACAGACUGAAAACGGCAGGGGGCGCUGUGCAGGUGAACCACAUAGGGGAGGUGAAGCGGGAGCCGGCGGAGACCAGCUCGGAAGGGGAGAUGUGCCCCCCCUCGGCCCCGACGAUAUGGGGCCAAAACGAGAGGAGUCGAAACCAAGACGGAGACGCACUUUUGAAAAACGCGGAGGAAGAGACGAGGAAACACCAAGCAACUUCACUCACUCCAGAUGUAAAGGCAGGUCCUGGACUUAUAGGCAGCUCUCUCUCCAUGGAUCACCUCUCCGCGCUCAGAGACGGGCUGGACGGCGACGGAGGCAUAGAGCUGGACAAACUGGACUCCGAGAUGAUCAAACUCUUGGCGUGGCAGAGGAUACAACAGCUGUUCCCCAAGAAAGAGCCCAGCCUUCCAUCUCCCCGAGCCGCCUCCCUCACCUCCAAAACACCACCGCCCGUCCCAGACAGUCAGAAGACGGUUCAGGCGCGAGCAGUAUUUUACCCCCUCACGGGAAAAGGACCAGCAGUCAGCAUGUGCUACAGGACGCUCUACAUAGGAACAGGUGCUGACAUGGACGUGUGCCUUACCAACUACGGUCACUGUAAUUAUGUGUCGGGGAAACACGCCUGUAUUUUUUAUGACGAGAAUACAAAACAUUACGAGCUCCUCAACUACAGCGAACACGGCACCACCGUCGACAACGUCCUCUACUCCUGCGACUUCUCUGAAAAAGCCUCGCCGACGCCUCCGAGUGGACUGGUGGCCAAAGUACAAGGCAUCAUCCGUCGCAGUAAGAAGCAGCAGGAGGACGGUGACUCCGCUCCGAGCUCGCUCCUCGGCCUCCUGCCUGUAGGGGGCGUGAUGAGCAGCCAGUCGCAGGUGUCGUCCCCGGGGCAGGUGUGCGGGUGCAGGUCCAGCAGCUCCAGCCUGAUCGGCGGAGGCGGCGCGGGCUGGGAGGGCACGGCUCUGCUCCAUCACGGCAGCUACGUCAAACUCGGAUGUCUACAGUUCGUGUUCAGCGUCACCGAAUUCGCCACCAAAACGCCCAAAGAGGAGCAUACCAGCGCGCCCGCCGCCCAAACCGUCCCCGUCAGCGCACCCGUCGGCUCGCCGGCGCCCCCCGCGGCCCUCAGCAGUCCCUCCAGUCAGGACGAAGCGGACAUGGAAGUGGAAGGGCCCGAACUGCCGCAGGAAGUCGUCCCGUAGCCCUCGUGUCCCGCCCCCUCCUCCUCCUCCUACGUUGCUUUGGAUUGGUUGACGCUAGGAAGUACAGUCAAAGAUUGGUGAACGUGAUUGGUUGGUUUCGAAUCUAUCCAUGGGUUUCAGAACGAUGGAAAAGUUAAGACCGUUUCCAUGGCGAUUAACAAUUGAAUCUAAUCCUCUAGACUCCUCAAAACUUAUAACAGGGAAGAUUAAACCCACUGAAUUUGACUUAAAAAUUGCACUUCUGUAACAAUUCUGGUCACGUAAUCUGUCACCUUUUUUGUCUUGAAUGUUCCGCAGUGUGGCAUUAAAUUAAUCUGCCUAACAUUUAUUUCUACACAGGUGUUUUUAUAGCUGAAAACACCUUGAACAUCGAAAAUUAAACUUGCAAAACACGUUAAUAUGUUGUUUUGUUUACGUUACCCAAUUUUUAAAACCUGUGCACCCAUGGGUUUUAGAAUAAUUCAAAAAAUUUAAAAAAUAGGACGGUUGCCAUAGGAAUUAACAAUUUGAAACAAGAACAUGCUGUGUUUUUCGGACAAUAAGUCGCACCGGCCAAAAAAUGCGUAUUGAAGAAGACAAAAACAUAAGUCACACUUUUUGGAGGAAAUUUCUUUAUAAAAUCAGAGACCAGGAACCGACAUUUGAUCUUGAAAGGCAAAUUCUAGUAAAAACAAUAGAAGAGAGAACAACAGCACAUAUGAACAGUUCUUCAGAUAAACUAUAACAUAAACAACAGAACAGAACAAGUUUAACAAACUCUCCAUCUCACUCCAAAUCACUAAAUCCAUUCAAUUCUUCAUCCUCGGUGUCACUUCUGAGCAACUCCUCGACAUCCGGAGGUAAACGGAGCGUCGUAGCCGUUGUCGGACUCGGCAUCAGUUCCAGUUAGAAUUAUUCGGGCCUUUCUGAAUCCCGACAGGACGGUUUCGGUGUCACUGAAGUCACUUAAAAGUUAAAUUGUUCAGUGGAAAUUUCAGUAAUGAUGCGAUGGACUGACAGGAUACGGACAGGACAGAGGCUCUUUCUGCAGGAGACAUGCGCAGUAGAGCCAAGUGACAGUGGUACAGGAGGAACAGGAGCAGCAGAUACUCACACACAAGACUAGAACCUCUCGAAGCUUCACUGUCAACAUUUUAAUAAACCGAAACCAUGAAAAAAGUGUGAUUUAUAGUCCGAAAAAUACAAUAAUCUACCUAGUAAAACCUUGAACCUUGACUCAAAGCAUCAAAAAUGAAACUGUACGUUGUUUUGUGAAAUAUCCUUUCUUCAAGUUACCCAAUUUUUGAAACCUCUGUACCCAUGGGUUUUAGAAUAAUUUAAAAAACUAGGAUGGUUACCGCAGCAAUUAACAGUUCAAAACUAAGACGUAUACUAGGGAUGGGCAUGAUUAGUCGACUAAACGGUAAUUGAUCAUUAAGAGUUUCGUCGAUUAUGUUCAUUUCUAAUCGACAAACCCAAUGUAGGUUUCUGGGUUGCGGCCUCACAGUCCCACGUUUGGGUUCUGGCACCUCUUUGGAGAUCACGGUACCUCUCAGUGAGUGUGUUUACAUGCACACGCAGGAUCCCGGUUACUGCCACGUGAAGAGUUGCACUAAACCUGCACACGUACGAUCUUUGAAAACAUCACGACACACAGAACGGACUCACCUUCAUCAGAACAUCCCUCUGUCACAGAAAGAACACUCAUAUUCCACCGAGUCGUGUCCUUUAGUCCGACAAAAGCUGAACUGCAUCAGCGCACAAGAAUGUUUUUUUUUUUUUUUUCCUCAUCUUAGUUUGUGCAAAUUAGCCAUGAGGUUUUAAGUUUUGUUUCUGUGAGACUUGCACAAAUCUGAAUUAAACACAUUAUAUUGUCAAACGUGCUGAUGUGGCUCUAAAGUCGUUAUGUUUAUAUGUUGUAAAGUUGAGUUUAUUUAUGCAAAUUAGUAAUAGUAAUAAUAAUAAUGAUACUUAUAUAAAAACGUUAAUGAUAAUCGAAAAUCUAUCGUUAAAUCUCCCGACGAUCAAUCGAUCAAUUAAUAAAAUUUCAUGGAAUGCCCAUCCCUAACAAUCCGUGUGUCAUUCGUUCAUUCGUUUUUCAAUAUAAAACCAAAAAUAAGAAAACAAAAAAAACAACUGUUUUCUUCGUUAUUUGUCUCCAAAACCAAAAUGAAAAAAACAAAUAAUGAUUUGUUUUUUCAGUUUUCGAUUUUGUGUUUAAAUGAAGAAUGGAAAAAAACAGAUAAUGACCGUUUCCCAUUUACGUGACUUACGUGACUGCGAUGCCGAACUUUUGCACUGCCUACGGACUGAAUCAGGACUGAUCCAGGUCCGGGACCAGGGCGGGACCAGGGCAGACUCUGAGCUUUGACUCCGAGCCUCCGCAGGGUCCGAGCCUCAGCUUCGAGCUCCGGCCCUGCCAUGGGCUCUGAGCCUCCGGUCUGGUCCCGGCCUGGUCUCGGUCUCAGGCCCGGUCUGGUCCCGGCCUGGUCCUGGUCUGGUCUGGUCUCGGUCUCAGUCCCACUCUGGUUUUGGUCUGGUCCCGGUCUGGUCUCAGUCCUGAUCUCAGUCUCAGUCUGGUCCCAGCCUGAUCCUGGUCUGGUCUCGGUCUCAGUCCCGCUCUGGUCCCGGUCUGGUCUCAGUUUCAGUCUGGUCCCGGCCUGGUCCUGGUCUGGUCUUGGUCUCAGUCCCGCUCUGGUCCCGGUUUCAGUUCUGAUCUCGGUCCCGGUCUGGUCCCGGUCUGGUCCCGGACCUGGAUCAGUCCUGGUUCAGUCCGUAUGCGGUGCAAAAGUCCGGCAUCGCAGUUUAAGUCACGGAAACGUCAUUAUCCGUUUUUUCCAUUUUUCAUUUAAACACAAAAUCGAAAACUGAAAAAAAAAGGAAUCAUCAUCUGUUUUUUGAUUUUCGUUUUGGAGACAAAUAAUGAAGAAAACCGUUGUUUUUUCAUUUUCUUAUUUUUGGUUUUAUAUUGAAAAACGAAUGAACGAACGACACACGGAUUCCUAACGUAUACAACAAUUUUUGAACGGAAAACUUCUGUGGACUGUGGAAAACCGAACGGAAAACCAGACGUGUCCACCCAACGCACAAAACAUCCAAAAACUUUACCAAACCAAUCACGUUGGCCCGUGCCUCUCAGCGUCGCGUUGUUUUGCACCUUUCGUGGUAAUGAAGGGAAAACUGCACCGCCGGUUGGUCAACAGGGAAAGUCUCUAUAUAUUUUUUUAUUUUUUACUCUUUGCAUGAACUUGAAGUAUUAUCGACAAUCUUCUUUGUUUUUUCGAAAAUGGCUGACACAGUUCGUUAUGUUACCUUGUUUGAUAUUGGACGAGGGAGCGCUUUGGUUUUGAUUCGCGCUCGAAAUUACGUCGCCAGUGUAUUCAUUAGUUUAAGUAUAAGUCAGUCUCACAUUUAGCACAUUUUAUUUUAGUAUUAAACUCAUUACAUUCGUUUCUUUUGCUGCUUUUUGCACCACUGGUAGCUAUUAAUGUAUGAGAAAACCAUACAUGCUUACACACUAUCCUUUGUACAUAAUGUAAAUAUAAAAAUUCAGUAAGUCUCGAUUUGGAGAGGCGUUGGAUUUCCGUGUAGAAUUCGCCAUUUUUUGGUUUUUAACUGUAUAGCCCAUUGACUUUGUGAUACCGUAGUGAGAAAACAUUGGUUCGUACGCUCGCUAGUCCUCCUCCUCCUCCUCCCGUAGUCUCCUUUUUGUAAAUACGAUCCAUUUUAGCACUCGUUUUACCAUCGUGCUGCUUUGUACAUAAGCACUCUUGUCUGUACUUGGCUUUGUCUGUUCAAACGUGUAAAUACAAAAAGAUUUUCUAAGAACGAA